CUUCAACACCACGCCGGCUGCCCUUCUGCACGCGCUGUCGCUCUCUCUGUGUCCCCCACCAUGUCUUUGUAGCCCGCGGGCGCCUCCUGACGCUGGCUGCUAUGCUGCUGGCUCAUGCGCCUCACCUCCCUCCCAUCCGUCCCCCCGGAAUGCGCCACUACGGCCAUGGUCCUCUCUAGAAAUGUCCUCUCGUUUUCCCUUGGUACCUUCUUCGCCGUCCUCUCCUUCAUCCCGCUACUGUGCGCGGCGACAACCAUUCCGGCCCCUAUUUCAGUCACGCCAGACGAGAAUUGGGACGGCAUCGACGGCCAGUGGUCCUCUUUCGCCCUACAACUUGGAACGCCCGCGCAAACAGUCCGUACCUUUAUUUCUACCGCCUGCCAGCAGACAUGGGUAGUUCUCCAGGAGGCGUGCAUGCAAAAUGGCAAACAGAACGAUACGUGCUGGAACGAUAGAGGAUGGACCUACAAUUACACCGACUCGUCAACCUGGCAUAAGCAGGGCUACUACAUAUUAUGGGCUGAAGGGAACCUUGGUUACUCAGGAAAUGGAUUCUUCGGCUACGACACCGUCGCUUUAGGUGGCUUGGGCGAAGAGAGUGUGACGUUGCCAAACACCACGGUUGGGGGCUACAUAACUGAUGACUACUAUAUUGGAAUCUUCGGUAUCAACCCAAAAUCUACAAACUUCACCUCCUUCGACGAUCCUUCGGAAAGUUACAUGGCCAAGCUCUGGCAUCAAAAGCUGCUUCCAAGCGUCUCCUUUGGCUAUACCGCUGGCGCGCAAUACCGAUUCACAAAGGUUUUAGCAAGCCUCACUCUUGGUGGCUAUGACAAGUCUCGGUUCAUUCCUAACAACGUAUCCUUCAUCUUUGCUCCCGACAACGAGCGCGAUCUUGUGGUGUCUAUCCAGGACAUCCGUAUGACCUCUGCCACAAAAUCAGAUGUCGACCUCCUUCCGAGCCCAGCCCAAGUUUACAUUGAUUCUACCAUACCGGAGAUUUGGCUACCCCUCGAAGCGUGCCAAGCCUUUGAAAAAAACUUUGGAUUAGUUUAUGACAACACGACGGAUCUUUACCUCGUUGACGAUGUCCUGCACUCUAGACUGUUGGCUGAGAAUGCCAACAUUACAUUCACGCUUGCGCAAUUGCUCACAGGAGGACCGACGGUUGACAUUACCCUUCCCUACGCGGCAUUCGAUCUUGUAGCCCUACCACCUUACCGGAACUUGAACAAGUCGUCGAGCUACUUCCCCCUGCGGAGAGCUGCAAAUGCCACCCAAUAUACGCUUGGCCGGACUUUUCUCCAGGAAGCGUACCUAACAGUCGAUUGGGAGAGGGCCAAUUUCUCGGUCCAAGCAGUAAGCUGGACCCUAGGAAUGGAUACUCAGAUUGUGCCCAUCAUAUCCCCGACUCUCAUGAACACAACACGGGCAGCUGAUUCGGGCCAAAACGACUCUUCAAAGAGCCUCAGCACCGGUGCAAUUAUCGGCAUUGCCAUCGGCGCUGGACUCGCUGUCGCGUUAGUCGCGUCUGGAGCAGUGUGGUGGUUCUGGCGAAAGAGACACAUGGCUAAGAAGCAGGCGGCUAUCGAUGCAGCAGGUGUUGCUGCGGUAGCGGCAGUGAAGCGCAUGCCCUCGGAGAGGUCAGAUAGAGAGACGCCAGCCUCUCCAGCGACACCGGCUGCCAACAACGAGUCUACUGUCAUACCGAAGGCGGAACUUCCAGCAGACUCGCCGGUCAGGCACGAUAUGGUGAAUGGCUUUUAUGGACCACAGAAAUCAGGAGACGCAGGGAGCUCAAGUCCGACAGUAGAGGCCGACUCAAAUGAACGCCGGGUGUAUGAGAUGCUGGGUGACGUCCCGACGCCGUUGGAGGCAGAUGGGCGUCAGCUCUCAGAAAAAGAAACGAUGAUGGUGCGAGAAAGGAGGUACAACGGAGUGCCCGAGCAGCCUGCCGUUGCGCCUGCUCCAGAAGAACCGCACCGCAGGCUUGCUCCUGUAACUGCUGAAGACAUUGCUGUAGUGAACAGGAGGGGCCUUCAGAACGUGUCGCCUAUCACGCCGCGGACACCCCGAGACGGCACAUAUCUCGAGGCGGAGGACGCGAUACUCUCGCCUCUCUCGCCAAUGGGCGAUUCUACGGACGACAGCGCGGGCACUUCUCGACGACGUUUCUCUUACGAAUGUUAGGCAUGACAGGAGGAGUUCGCCGUCAUCAGGCGUCUUGGGGGUUCUGGGCGGCUCUUGGUAUUGGGUUUUGUUGGCAGUCUGCGCUGGCGUUUCAAGGACGAGAUGUUGGCGUUGGCGUUGGUGUUGGAUGCUCUGAUACCCAGGAGCGGGAUCAGCAAGCAUGGCGCUGGGGCCCAUUUGCAUUCCACGACUUUUCCUAGUGUUUUCUUUGCAGCAUUUGCAGCAGUGUGCUCGAUGCGGACAGCAGCAGGCCCUGAGCGGCAACUGUAGCCAGCCAGUGUGUCGUGGGCAGGUGCCAUCGCGCCGCCUCAAACACUAGUAACAGUGAAUUGAAAGGCGCCAUCUAGUGCGCUACUUCACCAACCGGCAGG